AUAAAGGUAAAUGAAACUUGUACGAUAUUUCUUUUUGUAUAGCUGUAUAACGUGUGGUAAUGCGAUCAAGUUUUAUGAAGUAGCUGUACUCUUGCAGCUCGUUGCUGAUCGAGGAGUAGACCCAUUAAAAAACUCAAACUGUGUGUGUAACCAGUUUUAUUCGUGAUUUUGUUGUAUUUUCAUUUUUCUGGAAAGACGAAUCGUCGAGUACUUUAUUAAUCAAAAUAGAGAUUUUCAAUGGACAAGAUGCCCAGGCCAUAACACACGGGAUACCCGAAAUCGAUCAUGCCCGGUGCCGAAUAUGAAUAUAAUUGACAAGAAUGACUUCAAUGGCGAUUGUCCUUUGUACCCAACCAUUGAAGAUGUCGGAUACUUCAACAUUGAAACAAAUGACGUCAUCAACUGCAAUUACAUCAUAGGUGCUAAUGCUGUAUCUGCCGGGAUUUCUGUAAUAAUGAUGAUCUACGUAGGCAUCGAACUGACAAUGAAGAAAAGACUACUUUCCUUCGUUCCAAUCCUGCAGACGAUAAUCUCUGCUAUUUUGAUGAUUAUAGUCGGCACAGCGGCAGGCGUUAUAACGGUGGGAUUCAACAAACUUUGCAGCGGACUAGAAUUGUUGGUUGAUUUAUGGCACGACUAUAAUACUUGUAAAGAGUGGCAGGAUGAUGAUUACUGGGAUAUCUAUGACUAUGACGGAUCACAUUUUUACUUCUAUCUAUUCUCCGCCCAGAUCGCAACAGGUAUCAGUGCUGGCAUCUGGGUCGCCAUGUUGAUUAUAUCAUUCAUCGCACUGGUCUGUUAUACCAGUCGCUCUGCUGAGGAUGACGAAACGCUCAUCCUAUAAAUUACACGAUAUCUGACAGAAAAUUGGUGUUAAUGUCUUAUAAAACACCUUAGAAUUUGAGAGAGGGUGUUGAAACCGAAUCAUUGGAAAUCACAAGUCAAAUUCUAGCUUAUGCAGGGGUCGUGGCAGUGGAGGUCGGGUAGAGGUGGUAAUUUGUUACGGCCACGACCACAGGCAGGGGCGGAGUCAGGGUAUUUUGAUAAAGCCAAGAUUAUGAAUGUGACGUCAUUUUUAGUUGACCAAUUAGGGUAUCGAUAUCCUACUUGAAAUAUCAUAGGAGACUCCCGCCCCUAUCUCCUGUGGUGCCACGCCUGAACAUACGCAUGUUACUUUUACUUGAUAUACUUAUCUAUGAAGGGGUUGCAGUUGACUGGGAAGAGUGAAGGCCGAUUAGAUUAUCAUCCCAAUAGAGAAAAGCAUAAAAAAUAUUAAAGAGCUAAAAUUUCAAUUUCUUAGCUAUACAAGUUUAAGUAAAGUAAUAUUUUUUUGUCUCAUCUUAAAAUGUAUUGCUUAGUUCUACAUUAUAAUCAACAGUAUUAUUAAUGCUCGAUUCAGCCUUUGGAUUUGUUUUUAAUCAAUAUUGAAAAGGCAUUAUUGAAUCAAAUAUAAUUGAUUGAGAUGAUAUUCUGCUAGCAUUUUUCUUGUUUAGUUUGUGUUUAUGUGUAUUCAUACUAAAAUGCUAAUUAGUAUGUCGUUAUAGGCUGGGGAAAGAAUAGAACAUCUCUUUCGAUCAAGAAUCCCCAGGACCUGUGUUUUUAUUCGCAAUAUAAAUACUCCAGUUAUUGGAAUUCACUUUGAAUCGAGUAAUAUAUUUUGUUAUGAAUCAUCUAAAGAUAGCGAUAAACUGAUUGCGAAUAAUAUGGUUGUAUAUAUUUCAUCUUACGCAAUCUCUUCAUAUUUUAUACCAUGCACGGUCACACCGUCAGAAGAGAGUUUUCGCAUUUACUAUGGAGCUGCUCUCUACAAAGCACCAAUCCUUUGAAAAUGCACAAAAAUAAGGAGAGCUAAGAGACUUUUGUCGAAUGUUGGUACGUGGACUCUCUAACAUCAACUCCCAACCGACAAAACCACUGCGAUAAUUCCAAUGCCAUACCAUUGUUCGGUUGGAGUCGGUUCCGUUGGUGUGACUGUAUAGACUGUGAUUAACGUGAAUCAGUCCCAGCUAGACUAUCUCUUGACAAGUCUAGCGCCUAAACUCACUCUUGUUAACCAAUCAAUCAUUAGAGAGUUUUCGCAACUGCAACGGAGACUGAUUCAAGAACUCAGUAAAUUGAAAAUACCCGUAAGAUGACAAAGUGCAGCUGGGAGGUCUUUGUCGAAAUCAUAUUGGUGAACCGGAACAGCAUAUAUCGUCCUAAGUUUUGGAGCUGAUGAAAAAUUGCAAAUAUGUCGUUUGUCCUGAUUCAAGGACGAAACCGCUGGUUUGAUUCACCAAUUUUCGACAAAGACUUCUUGGUUGUGCAUUGUCAUGAAGGUCAUUUUACAAUACAUUUUCUAUGUUCUUAAAUCUGUCUUGCGUCCUGGAAGCAAAAACUGCCUAUUAAGAAGUCCAGUAGGCCGAAAUCUAGUCCAUCCGGAUGGACUAGAUUUACCUGCUAGUACAGCAGCCUUGACUAACGUGCUAGACAUGUUAAAGAAUAGUCCAGCUAAUGCUGGAUUAGGUUUUAAGUUUUCUAGACGGUCAUCGUUCUCGUACUACGUUACAUUUCCAGAAUUAUUUGUGUAUUUUGAUUUAUUAUGAUAUAAUGUGUUAUUAUUUGAAUUAAAAGAAAUAAAGCAGUAAUGCAUGAUA